UUCAAACCCGGAAGUACCCUACAAGGUCAGGGUGCAAGUGUUGCUCUUGCACAGCGUCAAAGCUCCAAAACUAAGAGCUUUGUGGUUUAAAAGGACAAAACUGCAUUUGAAGGUGUCUCCAAGAAAAAGGGUGUUAAAAUUUGGAGCUUGUAUCCAUCUGGAUGUUGAGCAUCCGAGCUCUGUUUGGGAUCGGCUUCCUGGUGACCUCACGAGCCGCGACAGCCCUCGCUCAGGCAGGGUCAUGCCCGUUGCCCGCUGCAACUGACAGCCACAGAAAGGACUGUUUCAGCAGCAGACCAGCGUCCACCAUGGCCCAGGCCAUCAAAUAUCUCGGGCAGGAGGAGGCCCAGCACAUCGACGAGGAGCUCUUCAGUGAGUACGGCUUCAGUGUGGAUCAGCUGAUGGAGCUGGCGGGACUCAGCUGUGCCACAGCCGUCACACGGGCAUAUCCACUUACUUCUCUGGUGAAGGCCAGACCUUCUCUGCUAGUGAUUUGUGGACCAGGUAACAACGGGGGCGACGGCCUGGUCUGUGCCCGGCAUCUGAAACUCUUUGGUUACGAGCCGACCAUCCUGUACCCAAAGAGGCCAAACAAGCCGCUGUUCCAAGGCCUAACCACACAGUGCCAGAAAAUGGAGAUCCCCUUCCUGACUGAGAUGCCUGAGGCCAAAAUGAUUGAUGAAGCGUACAACCUGGUGAUAGACGCCAUCUUUGGCUUCAGCUUCAAGGGAGCUGUGCGAGAGCCCUUUGGCUCCAUCUUGGACACACUGAAAAAGACCACAGUGCCCAUAGCCAGCAUCGACAUCCCCUCAGGUUGGGAUGUGGAGCAGGGUAGCACAGAUGGACUCCAGCCUGACAUGCUCAUCUCUCUCACUGCGCCAAAGAAGUCCGCCUCCCUGUUUAAAGGACGAUAUCACUUCUUGGGAGGCCGAUUUGUGCCACCUGGCUUGGAGAAGAAAUAUCAACUCAACCUGCCCCAGUACCCCGGCACAGACUGCGUGUUGCAACUCUGAGAUGUGGGUCAGUGAAGGGAAAUAAGCUGUCACUGGCGUAAUAAAGCAAUCAGCUUAGCUCAGCAUAAAGGCUGUAAACUGGGAGAAACAGCCAGCAGCGUGACAUCCGUUCACUCAUUAACACGUCUUGUUUGUUGAUUUUACGAGAACUUAUGUGAUAUAACCGUAUGCUGUCAUCACACCUGCAGCACGAUGGCAGCGCCAGCUAAAGUAAAUAUGAAAAUAAAAAAAUUCUUUCUCUGACAAACUGA